UCUUUGCUACUGCAGCAAAACAGACCUUCUGGCUGCAAGUGAUCACGCUGAAGUUUUGCAGCAACUUUUUAUUUCGGUUGUUUUCUCUCAUCAUUAUCAGCCAGCCAAGAGGGACAGACAAAGCACUCAUUGGUGCCCUCUGCAACAGAACACUGCUAGCAGGGGCUGGCUGUAAAUUGACGUGGCAUGGAAAAUCUCUGCUAAGUUUGUAACACUUUGUAUGUUCCUGCAAGAGCAGUAACACUCUUGCCCAGGAGGACUUCGUCGCCUGAAAGCAAAAAGGGUUAUAUGCAUGGAUGUAACUAUGGCUAGAAAAUUCCUCCUGUUUCUAACUUGGGACUUGAAUAUUCUUUUUUCUUUGGUGUUGUGGCUAGCAGUAAACAGCAUCUAAAACUUGGAGAUUCCUUCUUUUUCUUCAAUCAGAGGGAAACAGAUUUUGUGGUGUUCUCCAUUUCUACCUCCACCCUCUUUGCACCUUCCUGCUCCCCACCUCCCUGCCGGCUGUGACCAUGGGGUGCGGACUCAGAAAACUAGAGGACCCAGAUGAUAGUAGCCCUGGAAAAAUAUUUUCAACGCUAAAGAGACCGCAAGUGGAAACAAAGACGGACUCUGCUUAUGAGUACAUAUUGCUUGAUUUUACUUUGGAAGCUUCCUCAAAUCCAGAGGCGAUCAAGAUCAGCUCUGUGCUGGAAAUUGCAAAAAAGGUGGAGGAAUAUUAUAUGAAAGGAUACGUGGUAGGAGCUAUUCAUCCUGUUUUACUGUCAGUUGGACGAAGAAGACACUUUCCAGCAAGUCACAUUUAUCGAGUCGUACUACUGCGUCUCAAACUGAGCCAAAAGCAUCAAGCAUCUAGAGGACAAAGACAACCCAGACUUGUGAUUGAGGAGUGUCCUUCAACAUAUGAAACGCUAACAAAUGAGGUGGUGAAAGGAUUGUUGGAAAAGAUCAACGAUGCUGCAAAAAGAGGAAUGAAGUUUGUCGGAUUUAUAACACAACCUUGUCCAAAAUCGAAAAUCUGCAAUGGCACAAGCACAGAUGGGAAUGCAGAGUCGGAUUCAACCCUAAGCAGAAGAAGUAGGGAACAGAGAAGACACAACCCAGAUGACAGUGAUAAGCCCUGGAAUGAAGGGACUCUGAGUGGGCAGUCCUCUGAGAGUGGCAUAGAAGAAGAAAUCCAGCCAGACAUCGGGCAGUUGCGAGAGACAGAUUUUCAAGAUGGAAGAGAAGGCAGUCCUAGCUCAACAAAACUGAGGAAAGAAGAUAACAAAUUGUAUACAGUCUUCAACGUCUUUGAGGAUGAUUCCACCUGUUGGACAUAUCACGACGGUGUUUUGUCUCUAAAAGUGUCGAGGAAAGGACCCGUGAUUAGUACUUUGGAUGCUGACUGGCUAGAGUUAACCACGUUUUAUUACAAACAAGGGUUGUCAUUAAUUGACUCAUUCGUACACUGGGAGGCUUCUAAAGCUGACUACUUGCCCAAAUCAUUAGAAGGCUUAUUUAUAUAUGAAGAAGAAGGCACAGGAGUGCCCGGUUCAAACAGGAAAGGAAAUGAUGCCAUUGUUGUUGAACAAUGGACUGUAAUUGAGGGCAGUGAAAUCAAAACAGAUUAUGGUCCUUUGCUACAUACCUUGGCUGAGUUCGGUUGGCUUUUAACAUGUGUGCUGCCUACUCCAAUCAUCCGACUGGACAGUGAGGGAAAUUUGGCCACAAAGCAAGUUGUUUUCCUCCAGAGGCCUGUUAUGUGGAGCCCAGCUGCUCAGACGCCUGAGAAGAAAUCCACCAGGCAACUUAGAGAAGAAAAAGGAAAGGCUCCCAGCAGAAGUGUUGGAUUAGACACAGCUACUUCCCAGCCUGCGCAAAAUACACAAGCUACGGAUGAGUUUCAUCUAUCGCCUUCUGCAGAGUGUUGGCCCAAGGACAGAGGGGUCCAUUUUGAAAGCUUCGCCGGAUUCAGCAGCAGUGAUGGCAUACUAAGGGAACUGGAUGAUGGGCAGUUUGACCAAGAAGAUGGAGUCACUCAAGUCACUUGCAUGUGACCAGAAAAUGGAUUAGAUGGACCUGUACAUAUUUUUUAAAAAAUAAUAAUGUAAAAAUAGAAUUUGCUUUUUAUAUGUGUCGGUAUAAUUUUCUCCUUUUAUCUUAUACAAACAUGUGCACAUUAUACUUCCCCUCAACUCUGUAAAUAUACUCAUAGCACAACUCUUAUUUUAGUGUUGGCAGAAGUGCUAACUUUUGAGUAAGGUCUGAUUUACUGGGAUUUUGCAUUUCUAGAACAGCACUAUAUGUCGCUGAUGACAUCUCAGCAAUCUUUCUUGUCAGCUGGAAACAACUGCAGAUAGGGCGUUCUCUUCUGCAAAACAGAAGACUUUUUACAAAAUGCUUGAAAUGUAAUACAGCAGCAUUUCUCUUAAUACGCUAUUUUAAAUAUCGUGAGGUUUAACACCAAAUUAAAACUGUACAUAGAGAACCGUGUGCCAUUUUUAGGUUUCAGAUUUAAACUCUCCUCGUGUUAAGAGUGCAAACUCAAACGCUGUAAUAAAAAAUUGGUACUAAAAACAAAUCACUAAUAGUGUGCAGUCAUAAGUGUUAUUAGGUGGCUAUUUGUGAAUGACUGAAAAUCGUGACCAACAGAAGAGAUAUAAGCGGGUUUAAACCCAGUGCCUUGAUUGACUUUUUGAUGCUGCUUUGUACAAAGGUUCAAAAUACAUGUGAGAUUAAAAGUUCCUGUGCUGCAGGCUUUUAAAAACACAAAUUGCAUCAGCAGGGGUGAUAAUUAACUUUAUCAGAGCAGUCAAGGGGUGGGAAUUCAACCCUUUCCACCCCCUGCAGUGGUUCUGACGAACAUUGCUCUUCUGAAACUGGUAUUUCCUUUAUGGGGGGAAAUCCUCCAGAUAGCUUAUUAUUUCUAAUAAAUCCUCUGCAAGUAAGACGCAACGACACAUUCAAGUCUUCUCCAGUUAACUCAAUUAAUACAUACACUUUGUCUACAGCAAGGAAUUCUAUGUAUGAAACUUUAGAAAAUCUCUUGAGUAAAAUAAUUUCAAAACAAUUUAGCAAAAUAGACUGGUCUGGAAAAAGAAAAAGAUUUAAUUGCAACCUCUACUUUUUUUUACAAUGUAAUUCAAAAGACAGACACAUCUCAGUUUCCCUAUAAUGCAGAAUGUAAGUUAAACCCUCAAUAUAUAUUUACCAUACAAAGUCAAUAGUUCACUUAUGCUUACUGAAGUUCUACAGUAUCAGCCAGGCACAUGUGUGCACACAUUAUCAGAGGUACUUGAGUCAACAGCAUUAAAGGUUACAAGCAGUGCCCCAUUUACUUAACUUGAUUAUAUGAAGUCAAGUUUACAGUGCAGAAUUGGAUUCAUUUGCUAAAAACAAGAUUAGCCAUUUCAGAGACAUACACCAGAAUAAUAUGGAGAUGUGUUGAGAUUUUGUUGCAGCCUCAAGCACCACGGAUUUUCACAGAAAUGCUUAAAGGUGCUAUUUCAUUUUCCGGCUGGGGGGGGCUGCCCUGAACCAGCCAUUUCUGACAAUAACCAUAUAUACCCUGCUACCUCUGAAAAGGAAAUUCUUUAGCCACUUGCUUUGAGGUAUCAAUCGCAUCUACAUUACUCAAGGUAGGCCUUACAUUGGGUGAAUUGACAUAACUAGCUGUUGCUAAGAACACAUCUGAUGUGAUGACCCUGUUGACCAUUAAAACCAUAU